GUUCUCUACAUCCAGGCCUUCGUGUUGGUUUUUCUCCUGGGGAAAUUUAUGGGCAAGGUGUUUUUCGGGCAGCUGCGGGCGGCGGAGAUGGAGCACCUUCUGGAGCGGUCGUGGUACGCCGUGACCGAGACCUGCCUGGCCUUCACCGUCUUCAGGGACGACUUCAGCCCUCGCUUCGUCGCCCUCUUCACCCUCCUCCUCUUCCUCAAGUGCUUCCACUGGUUGGCUGAAGACCGGGUGGACUUUAUGGAAAGGAGCCCCAACAUCUCCUGGCUCUUCCACUUCCGCAUCGUCUCCCUGAUGUUCCUGCUGGGAAUCCUGGAUUUCCUCUUCGUGAACCACGCCUACCACAGCAUCCUGACGCGGGGAGCCUCGGUCCAGCUCGUCUUCGGCUUUGAGUACGCCAUCCUCAUCACCAUGGUGCUCACCAUCUUCAUCAAGUACGUCCUGCACUCCAUCGACCUGCAGAACGAGAACCCGUGGGACAGCAAAGCCGUCUACAUGCUCUACACCGAGCUCUUCACGGGUUUCAUCAAAGUCCUGCUCUACAUGGCCUUCAUGACCAUCAUGAUCAAAGUCCACACCUUCCCGCUCUUCGCCAUCCGCCCCAUGUACCUGGCCAUGAGGCAGUUUAAGAAGGCGGUGACGGACGCCAUCAUGUCCCGCCGGGCCAUCCGCAACAUGAACACCCUCUACCCCGACGCCACG